AGGCAGGAGCUUCUCUGACUCUCUGUAGUAUUUGCAUUAACCACGUGAUUAUUACUUAAUCAAACGACAAUAGAUCUCAGUCAUGUAGCUCAGUUUACAACCACUGAGUGCUAUCCUUGAAGAAAAUAUGAUCCGACAUGCUGAAGUAAAGUGAAUGUAGAUAGAAAAGAUCGUGGGUGGAUGUAACAGCUGGUUUGGUUGCACGAGUAUGUGCCAAAGGUGAAUGAAAAUGGAGUGGCUAGCAAAGAAAGUGGUGGCUGGCAUUGUGAACAGAUAUUUUGGUCAGUACCUUGAAGACAUAAACACCCAGGAAGUGAAUGAUGCUCUUCUGUCAGGGCAGGUCAAUCUUACAAACCUCAAGAUUCGACAGGAUGCUCUUUCAAUACUAGAUCUGUACUAUGGAAGUCCACUGCCAAUCGAAGUUAAAAAGGGGACCAUUGGCAGAAUAUCACUCACCAUCCCAUACAGCAGUUUCUUCACACAGCCUGUUGUCAUUAACAUUGAGGAUGUGUUUGUGCUUGUCACUCCCAUUGUGGAAUAUGAUGAGGAACGGGAAAGAGAUUUGGAUCGUGCGAGAAAGAAACAGACUCUCUCCCAUCUGUUUCCUGACCCAACACCAGUCCAUGCAUCUUUAGAUACAACGAGCCUUUGGGGUCUGUUAUACAACAGAAUAUGGAAUAAUCUUGAACUGCACAUAAACAACGUCCACAUCCGCUAUGAAGAUGCAACUUCUUGUCAUGAACCACUUGUUAUUGGCUUUUGCUUGCAGAGCUUGGCAGCAGAUACCACCAAUCAUAAAUGGAAGAAAGCACAGGUGGAUGGCAAUGCUGUUACAAUCAACAAAGUGGUUGACUUUGUUUCUGCUUCCUUGUACAUCAAUCCCCAUAGUGAUCGUCAACGACUAGUGAAACCGCACAUUAAUUCAGAUUUGUGGCAGCAGUACUUGCAACAGGGUCUUGAUACGUUUUCAAUCAAUGAAGAGCCCUUCCAGUUUAUUCUGCAACCAGUCCGAUGUAAGGUAAAGAUGAGACAACAGAUGAGGCGUGAAGCAAGGGUACCAGGGUUAUUGGUUGAUGCUGUAGUGAAAGAUGCAGCACUAACUCUGUCUCACCAACAGUACAUAGCACUUAAUGAACUGAUUGCAGCUUUUGCUACCAUUAAUACAAACAGGCGGUUUUUGAAGUAUCAACCAGAUGUACCUUUGAAGCGGCAUGCAGUCGAGUGGUGGCAGUAUGCAAUCAAAGCUGUUAUACAUGAGUACAUCAGACCUUACUCAUGGGCAAGAAUAAAAAGUCACAGAGCCCAAUACAGGAGUUACCUGCACCUUUACAAGAAACAUCUUAUAGAGGGUUACAACAGUGAACUUGAAGCUGACUUGCUGAAAAUCGAAGAUACUUUGAGUCUCACAAAUAUUGUGCUUGCUCGUAUGCACGCUAAGAUUAAGGUAUCCCAAGAUGAACCAGAAAUGGUUCACCCAGUGGAAUCCUCAGGGAGUGGCUGGUUCUCCUGGUUGUGGGCCAAGAGUGGAACAGAUGUAAUUGAUGGAGAUGAAGAAUGUGUUGAUAUUGUUGGUUCAAGAAGAAAGAAUGGUGUGUUUUCCUCCUUGACUGAUGAUGAGCGGCACCAACUUCAUGCAGCUCUGGUACAACUAGAAGCACCAGUAGAUAAUGAAAAACACCGGGAUGACAUUGCGGGAACCCAAACUGCAGAAGAUGACCUGAGCCAGCGAGCCGCACGAGAGCAGCCGGCGGCUCAGGCUGCGUCGCAAGUGCAAGCGCUCAUGGCGGCUGUCACAGCGAAGGAGAUUGCUUUUAUGUCUCCUGGAGCGUAUUUGCGAUCGGAAUUCGAUCUGUCACGAGACAUAAAGCCUCCCGGAAUGUCUCAUCAAAGCGCAGUUACGCGGGAAUAUCAUAAGAGGACGAACGCGACUGGAAGAACACGAGUUUCGAGACAAGGAAUACAGCCAAUAACUUGCUGCAAUGGUGUGGGAGUAUCUGUUCUUAUGCUAUCAUAUGAAAACAAAUUGUGA